AUGGAAGCAUUAGUUGAAACCAAAGAUUCAACAUCAAGUAUAGUCAGUAAUGACUCAAUUCCCCAAGUGGAAUUAAAGGACAACAGUACCACCACAGAUUUAUCCAAAGAUAUCAACCAUCUAGACCGUGAUGCAACGCUUAGCAUGAUUGAUUUGGGAACUUUGAUUGGUGGUGUUAUUGGAAUGACCCCUGUUAUUGGAUCGUUUUUGUCUGCUGGCUUUACUGUUAUUUGGGAUGCAUUUUUUUCAUCAGGAACAAAAUACGUUAGCCAGGAAGAUUUCGAAGCUGAAAUGGCUGCUCUUUAUCAAAGAAUCGAGAAACUUAUCAAUCAACGGUUGGAUCAAACUGAAGCUCAGAAUGCUCAACUCGACGAUGAUGAAUUAAAGAGUGACAUCAGAGCACAAUUUCUCAGCUACAAGGAUUCUUUAGAAGGAGCCAUCAUCAACUUUUCUCAACCUAUCUAUGCCCAUCUACUCGGCAACCUUUUGACAGUGACAGUCUCCUUUUAUGCAGUUUUUAUGAGGGAUUGUAUUAUCCAAGGACAGGGUUGGGGUUUCACUCCUGAAUAUAUUAAUGGAACAUCUGAUGGAAAGGUAAUAGGUCUUGCACAACAAUUGCAUCAAAGAAUCUAUCAAUUCAACCUAGAUUAUGCAUAUUGUGAUUUUAGAUACAAUGAAAUUUUAAAAACUGGCAACUAUCCAGUCAAUCUCCCAGAUGGCUCUUGCAUUUUAGCUAGUCGCAACAAUGACUUGGAUUUGGUUUUACACCCCAUGGAUUUAAAGAGAAUUAUAUUGGACACCACCAUCCCCAAAUAUCUCUUCAAGCCUCCUGUUGCCCUCUGUCCUGAUAGUAACCCUGGUACCCAAGAGUACACAGUUGAUCCCUCAGACUCUAUCUUUUAUCGUGAUCCAAACUCUGUCCUUCAUGAUCAUGUUAGAUUCAAAAUCAGAAUUCAUAUGUACAACUCGCACCCAAAUACUUAUCCCUUCCAAUUGAAAGUCGGCGAUCAUGACUUUGGAAUGAUUGAUAAGAGAUACCUUGUUGCAAUGGGUGAUGUCCAACCAACCUAUUACCAACUAUUCCAAAUGUACAGAGAAAAUCGAAAAACCCCAAAUCCUACCGAUAUUUCUUACUCUCAACUUUAUGAAAUAUCAGGUGAAUUACCUAAUAUGGCUGAUACUGCCAUUGUCACUAUCUCUAAUGGAGCAGCUAAUCAGAGUACUAACUUUAUUGGUUCAAUCAAUAUUAGAGUGAACCAAUAG